CUGAGCGGUAAUGAGACGGAGACAAACAUGGCGUCGCUCAGCAGCGAUGAGUGGAGAGCCGUCUGCGACAAAUUCACCAACGCCCUCAACCUCACCGAGGUGGAAUCACGAAACGACCCGGAGAACGACCCGUUCCGCUCCAAAUACAAGGCCAGGGAGCUUCUCCGAGAGAUCUACUGCUCCCUGAAGAGCUUUGAAGCGGGGGAUGGAGAGGAGGACAGCAGGGGGGAGAGCACCGAGCAGCGUCCGCCCGAGGAGCCGCUGGACGGGCAGACGGAGGACGUCUUCGGCCGGGGCUUCAGCGCGGACUCUCCGGCCGGGCUGCGGGCCGCCAAGCUCGGGGCUGUGGAGUACUACCUGGGCGUGAACCAUGUGGAGACGGAAGAGCUGUCAGCCGGCCAGGAACACCUCAUGAACUGCAUGAAGCAGCUGGAGAAAUGCAGAGCGUCGUCGGAGAACGUGUCUCUGUAUAUCCAUGUCAGGAACCAGCUGGGCAUCCUGUGGGCGGGCCGGGACGAGACUCAGAUGGCUCAGGGCUUCCUUGAAACUGCUGAAUCCAUCUACCAACGUUACAUGAAAGAAGAUGGAACUCCUCCCACUGAUAUGACUGAGUAUUUCACUACUGAGGAGAACCAGCUGACACACCAGGAAAGGACCAAGAGGUUUGAGUUGGCCUUCACCCACACCAUGUACUACCUUGCACAAGUCUAUAAAAGCCUGGGUCAGACCGAGCGUGCUGCCACCUACUGCCACAGUACCCUGCAGCGACAGCUACAACUGAAUCAGUUCAGUCCGAUGGAGUGGGCUUUAAACGCUGCGACACUGUCACAAUAUUAUAUCACCAAGGGUCGAUUUAUGGAGGGACGGCAUUGCCUCUCAGCAGCGACUGUCAUAUCAGGUCUGGCAGGAGAAGUUCCCUCUGAAGCUGCAGCGCAGGAGAGUGAAACAGAGAAUGAACGCAGAGAACAGCUCAGACAGAAGAGAGCAGAGAUUGCAAGAUGUUGGAUUAAAUAUUGUCUCAACCUUCUGGAAGAUGCCAAGAAGCAGCUGGAGGACAACAUUGGGGAGCUGGAUCUCGAUCGUCAGGAUGAGCUGAAAAGAGCGAGACGACGGGAGGAGGAGGAGGAAGAGAAAGGCAGAAAGAGUGCUCUGCUUUUUGGCUCUGAAGACACCUUCGACUCUAUUGCAAGUGUGGAAGAAAAGGUGAUGUGUUUGUUCCCUCUGGAUUUCACCGAGGCCAGGUCUGUGUUCCUGGUCGGACAGAACUAUGUGACACAGGCCAAGGAGUACUUCCAGAUGGAUGGAUAUGUGACCGACCACAUCGAGAUUUUGCAGGAUCACAGCGCUCUGUUUCGGAUCCUGGCUUUCUUUGAAGAAGAUCCAGAGCGACGCUGCAAAAUGCACAAAAGAAGAGUCGACAUGUUGGAGCCGAUCUGCAACGAUCUGAACUCCAGGUACUACCUGAUGAUCCGCAGGCAGAUGAUGUUCGAGUUGGCCGAGACCUACAACGAAAUGAUGGACUUGAAGCUGACGGUGGCCAACAGACAAGCAGAUACACAAACUUUAGAUAACCACACCAUCAAGAAAUUCAACCAUCUCUGCUCUGCUUCUGCCAAGUACUACCAGAUGUUCCUGGACUCGCUCUGUUCUCCAGAAGGGAAGUUCCCGGAGCACCUGGAGGACGAGGUGCUCCGGCCGGUUCUGGUGGCUCGCUUCAGAGUGGCUCGACUGCACAGCCGCCUCAUCACCUCCUCACCCACCGCUCAGCUCGAUAAUCUCAACAAGUCCCUGGAAAACUACAAGUACGUGGUGCAGUAUUGUGAAUCCCAUCCCGAAGCAGCAGCCGCUGUGGAGACAGAGCUGGAGCUCAGCACUGAGAUGGCCGGCCUCCUUCCCCUCAAAAUCAACCGACUCAAAGCAAAGCUGGCGACCAACAACUGAGCAGCGCCGCUUUCCACUAUCUGGCUACCCUACUGCUGUUAACCCUUCUAACAGAGCCAAUAUAUCGACUUUCACCAAUCCAUAAUCCAUGGACGCUCAACAACAUCACAGUCCGACUCAGACUUACUUCUAAUUGGUGAUGGCCUCUUUUUUUUUUUUUUUGGUGACUGAGCGUGCUUCUUUCACAAGACCGUUUCAGUUACUUCGGCCGAUCAUGUUCUCUCUUAUGAGUCUUGAAUUUAGUGCUCUGUUUACUGCUAAUCCAGAUUACAAAUGAAAUACAUUUUAAACAUCUCAGUCAUUGUUCUCAGCAUGCUUACAGUAGCUUUCCUUUUAUUGGAUUGUAUUUAUAUUGCUUCAUUAAAUUGUGUGCAACUAUUUAAAGUGUCCUCUGUGAAGCUCAGUCUGAUUCCUGUUUUUUUAAUGUUGAUCAUAUUGGUUUUCAUUUAUUGUGGCUUUAUUUUCUAUAAAGCGCUCCAGGCUCCUAACAUCUUCGUUUACUUCACGAGUCUAUUAAUCACUAAUCACUACGCGGCCAAAAUGACAUUGGUUUAGUACAUCAAUGCCAAAUCUGCAUGUUACGAGCUGCAUCCGGAGAAGCUGUGUCGUUUCCCUUCCAUCAUAUAAAGAAUAUCAACUGUUUCAUGCAAACUCUAGUCUCUAUAUUGUAAUUAAACCGAUUAAGAAAAUCAGAUGUGUCACAAUAGCAAUAUGUGCAUUUCUGUUUGUUUUUGAGGGUGGAAUAGGGAAGCCUUUAUUGGUGUGUGUGUCCAUGUGACGGAAAUGUGAGGCUGCGGUAAUUCACCGAGUGAAAAGCUGAAGGUUUGUCAGCACUGGGCACAUGAGAGAACACAUGGAAUCUGUUUUCCCACAUUAUUGCAAUGUCUGUAACUGUCCUAAUAAAACAAAUAAUG